AUGAGGCCCCGUGGCAUCACCUUCGCCCUCACGGUCGCCGCGGCCCUCCUCCUCGUCUUCUGGACCGUCACCCGAAUCCGCACCUUCACGAGUCUCUUCGUCGCUCACUCCGGCAUCGUCUUGACCCAGGACCAGGUCGCCAGCAGCCACAACGCGUCGCAACCGCAACCCCGGACCCGCGCCAUUCCCAAGAUCACCCACCAGAUCUUCCACAACUGGAAUGAUAAAGGCAACGACACCUUGCCCGCCGACUGGGCCGUCUUGCGCCAGACCUGCAUUGACCUGCAUAGCGACGACGACGACGAGUGGCAACAUAUGCUCUGGACGCAGGCCAAGUCUCACGACUUUGUCGCGACCAACUUCCCCUCUUUCCUCGCCAUCUACGACAAUUACCGCUACCCGGUUCAGCGCGUCGACGCCCUGCGGUACCUCCUCCUGUACCACUAUGGCGGAAUCUACCUCGAUCUCGACAACGGCUGCCUCCGCGACCUCGAACCCUUGCUGUACUACCCGGCCUGGACAACCGAGUUCCUCAGCGGCGGUCCACUGAACAACAACCUCCUCGGCUCCAGCGCGAAGCACCCGUUCUUCGGGAUCCUGGUGUCCGCGCUCGAAUACUACGGCCCCAACGAUUACUUCAUGCCUUACAUCACCGUCUCGUACACCACUGGUCAAUGGUUUGAGACGAUCGCGUGGGAGCGCUACCACCAGACCGCCCAGGGACAAGCCGAGCCUCUCUAUCGCAUCUUGGUGGACAACGAGCCCACGCCCCCGUCUGCGCCGCAGGGCCCCCACGGUCCUGUGGUGUUCUUCAGCACGGGUCGAGGCGGGACCUGGAAUCAGUGGGACAACUUCCUGUUUGCCUGGACGGGAGCUCAAUACUUGCUUAUUGCUGUCCUCGUCGCGGCGGUGGUGCGCUUGCUUUGGUGGCGUGGCCGGCGCACGAGUGUGGCGCGGAGGGGGAGGUACGACUUGUACAAUACCUUCAUGGGAAAACGAUAG